AUGCAUUUUCCAACUAUAUUGAUUUUUCUUUUUACAAUUAUUGAUUUGGAUUUAGGAAAUACGACUGCUGUAAUUAGUAUAACUAUUGCAUUAUUUCCAGCAUUGGAUCCAUUACCAGUUAUGUUAAUUAUCAAAAAUUAUCGAAAUGUGAUUUUUAGAAAAUUGGCGAAACUUAUUUCAAUUGUUGUUGGGCCUAAAUUCACAACAAAAGAUUUUUAG